GAGGAGGAGGUGGGUGAUGAUGAUGGCGGCGCGCGUUGUGGCGGCUGCAGGAGUCCUGCGUCCCUUAAGAUUUGGGGUUCCCCUGAUGUGCCGAAACCCCCUCGGCAACCUCCGUCUUAUUUCUGCAGCAUCUCCCCAAUCUCUCAACCCUGUCCGCGCACCGACGGUUUUCGCUGCCUCCAAACUUCUUCCGGCCGUUAGAAAUCUGACCCGCGGCUCUCCUGCGGCCAUCCUGAAAAGCGUAACUCCUGUCGUCCCAAGUCUCCAGCACCAGCCAGUCAGAACCCUAACAUACUGCAGCUUGAGAAAAGGAAAGAGGAAAUCAGUGAAAUCCGUUGUCUACCGAUUUCUCCGUCUGCAUUCCGGCUUGUGGCUAAGGAGAAAGGCCGGUUACAAAAAGAAACUGUGGAAAAAGAAGCCUGUGAGGCGAAAACGCUUGCGAGAAUUGGUGUUCUGCAACAAGACACAGAGCAGACUUCUCGAUAAAAUGACCACGUCUUUCUGGAAGAGACGAAAUUGGUAUGUGGAUGAUCCCUACCAACGUUAUCAUGAUCGUACCAACCUUAAAGUCUAGCCUUGAUAAGUGGAAGCAGUUCUGCUAGUCCCUUGUGUUUUCUCAGUUGUUACUAAAGGCGGACCCAGAAACGAGCGAGAGCACGUGGCCGGUCUAAAUGUCGAAAGUAUGAACUGGUCUGCAAUGCGGGGAUGUGAAGGCUGCCAAUAAACAAUUCAGAUUCUCACUCAAA